UUCCUCUACGCUCCGACUCCCUCUCGUGUUGGACGUCAGCUCUGGCGCUGCAGAGGCCCAGUGAUUCAAGAUGUCUUUCAGGAUUGUAUCUGUGCUCCUCACAAUAUUAUCUCUAAACAAUAGUUUGUCAGAUGCACAAACCAAUGGCAGCACCAUCCCGGAGCCCUACGACCUUCUGUUUGAUACCGCAGUGGAAGCGUACUACAAAGGGGACUGGAUGACAGUCAUCCUGAACAUGGAGCGAGCUUUGAAGAAUAAGGCUAUAGUCAGGAAAAUCAAGGCUCAGUGCAGACUUGCAUGCGCUAACCGGACAGCCUUUCUGGAAGGUAUUCCAGGCAUAGGGCCUGCCAUACCUGGAGCUGGGUCCAUUGAAGACCUUGGCUUCUUUCAGUCAAUAUUAAAAAGGGCCGACUGCAUAAGUUCCUGUGAAAAUGAGAAGUUGGGACCGUACACUCUUCACGAUGUUAGCGCUGAAACGGAGCUUGAAUUUCGGAAGAGGACCCCUUACAAUUACCUACAAGUCGCUUAUUUCAAGAUCAAAAAGCUUGACCGAGCAGUGUCAGCAGCCCACACAUUCUUUCUGGCCAACCCUGACCAUAUGGAGAUGAAGCAGAACCUGGAUUACUACAAGUUGAUGGCAGGAGUUCAGCAGAGUGACUUCAAAGAUCUGGAGGCUCCACCACACAUGGCUGCCUUCCUCGAAGGGAAGAGGCUGUACAGUUCAGACAACUUUGAGGGAGCCGUUUCACACUUGGAAAAGGCUGUGGAGGAGUUCUUCCCUGCCUAUGAGGAGUGUCGUGCUCUCUGUGAGGGAUCGUAUGACUAUGAUGGCUACAACUAUAUGGAGUACAAAGCAGACCUUUUCCAAGCGAUGACAGAUCACUUCCUGCAAGUUCUGAACUGCAAACAGAACUGUGUACUGGAGCAGGCUACCAUUUCUGGAAAAGACAAGCCGUUUGAUGACUUCCUGCCAUCACUCUUUAACUACCUUCAGUUCACCUACUUCAACAGUGAAAAAUAUGAGAAGGCUGUUGAGUGUGCUAAAACCUACCUCCUAUUUCAUCCUGAGGAUGAUGUUAUGAAGCAGAAUCUGGCAUAUUAUACUGUGAUUGUCGGAGAGGAAAAUGCUACGGUUAUACAUGAACGAGAGGUGAUCAAACAGUACAUCAAGAAGACUUUGCUGGAAAAGGAGCUGCUGUACUUUGGCUAUGAAAUAUUUGGAGUGACUUUUGUGGACCCAGACCCCUGGACACCAGCUGAUAUCAUGCCAUUGAAAUUGAGGGAGAAGCAGAAGGCUGACCGUGAGACAGCUGCCCGUAUCACAGAGGAGAUCGGAAACCUAAUGAAGGAGAUUGAGACCCUUGUAGUGGAGAAGAACAAGGACUCACCAGACCUACCCAUGAUCAUGACCGAUGUUCCUCAAGCAGACAGUCAGCCUGUGGCACCUCCUGCGGAGUCUGUGCUUUUUGACUCGGUCAAGGUGACCAUGACGCCGACCAUGAUGAAUGGCACCGAUCGAGUGCUGUUGGAUGGCGUCACCACCGACGAUGAGUGCCGUGAGCUGCACCGCCUGUCCAACGCUGCAGCUAAGGUCGGGGACGGCUAUGGCAAAACCUCACCACACUCCCCCAGUGAGAUGUUCCAAGGAGUUACUGUGCUCAAGGCACUCCAGCUUGGCCAGGACGGCACGGUUCCUCUGAAGAGCGCUCGUCUCUUUUUUGACCUCAGCGAAAAAGUCCGCAAGAUCUUGGAGUCUUACUUCCACCUGCCGACCGCACUGUACUUCUCCUACUCCCACCUGGUGUGCCGCACUGCUAUUGAGGAGAAACAGGAGGACCGCAAUGACUUGAGCCACGCCGUGCAUGCAGACAACUGCCUUCUGAUCUCAGAGUUGAACGAGUGUGUCAAAGAGCCUCCAGCCUACACACACAGAGACUACAGCGCUAUCCUCUAUCUGAACGAUGACUUUGAGGGAGGCGAUUUUAUCUUCACGGAGAUAGAUGGAAAAACUGUCACUGCCACUGUGAGACCCGCGUGUGGUCGCGUUGUGGGCUUUGGGGCAGGAAAGGAGAAUCCACAUGGGGUGAACGCUGUCACCAAAGGCCAGAGAUGUGCGGUUGCUCUAUGGUUCACUCUGGACCCUCGCCAUGAAGAAAAGGAGCGGAUCCAAGCGCAGGAGCUUCUGAACAUGCUCUCCUCUCCUGUGAAUGCCGAGUUCCAAGGCACAGCGGAGGACAAGAGCGCAGACACACCGACACAAGCUGCUGACUCCAGACCUGCAGCACAGCCUGAUGGCUCAGAGGUGGCCCAGGUGUCAAAGGAAGAGGAGCCAAUCGCUGCUCAAGUGGCGCAGCAGACUGAAAAACAGACAGACAAGCCAGAGCCGUCAGUUUCUGCUCAAAAUGAUGCCGUUCCUGAGAUUAAAAGCACAGGUGAGACAGCAAAAGCCAGCACAGAUUCCAAAACCGAUGAAAAGCCCAAGCCAAAGGCAGCUGUGAAAACAAAACCAAAGCAGACAGACAAGACACAAACGAAACAAGCAGACAAAACGAAACCGAAGCAGGCGGACAAAUCAAAGCCCAAACAAGCAGACAAAUCAAAGCCCAAACAAGCGGACAAAUCAAAGCCCAAACAGGUGAACAAAACAAAACCUAAACAAGCAGACAAAACAAAACCCAAACAGGUGGACAAAAAAGAGAGUACACCCACGAAGAAGGCAGCGAAAAAAGCACCUGAUUCAAAGAAAGCCCAGGAGAAGACCACAGAUUCCCAAGCACAUAAGGUAGAGUUGUGAUUUUGAAUCACUUUUUUUUUGUACGUUUUGUUUUUUGUAUUUUGUUCAUUUCAUUUAUGUAAAUGUGAUGGGUGCAGUAUGAUUAGGUCAAUAUUUUCUGAAAUGUCUGAAUAUUUGAAAGAUGCAAUAAAGAAGCAUCCACCACUGGAGAAAUGUUUGCAGCACUGAGCAAAAAUUGUCCCCUAAAUGUGUAUUGCGUCAUGAAACAUGUCCGAACUCCUGAAUAUUUGCUUGCCUUAAUUUAUUUGGCAGAAAUAUGUAUGGUUCCAUCUUUAUUUAUCACUGUGAAAGGUCUUUUUUAACACAAAGUAGGGUACGCAGUCUACACAGCCCAUAUUAUUGUAAAGAUAAAAUGUUUUCAAUCAUCCUUUGCCUUUGCCUGCCCACAAUAUGUCCUUUAGCUGCUGUGCUUCUUGGACUGUUUUGCCUCAGGAAAAUGCCCCCAAGUAUUGAUCUGUACAGAGAUUCCUGUGUGCCUUAUGUAGAUGUAUGUGAUCUACCUGAUGUUCUUACUUUUGUUUGUACAAAACAUAAAUGAUUUUUAAAGAA